UUAAAUCCAGAACUGGUCAGCAGACCAAAAUCAAAUGGGUCGUCAACAUAGUGUACUAUAUUCUGCAGGUAAGUGACCUAGAGCUGAUUUAUUUUAAAUUUUUUAAAACAUUUAUUGGUAUAUUUUCAUAGUAGCUAGGAUUAUUUCACAAUCUUGCAAUAGGAAACUAUGCAAAUAUUUAAUAGAGAUAUGGGACUGUGGAUGAUGACUGACAGAUGAACAGUCCAAUGGGAGCAAGUGGCAGAGAGUGACGUCCCUCCCAUCCCCUUCCCUUCCGUCUCUCCCAGGCUGUGCUAAUGAUCUCUCUGAUCUGGAAGUACUAUGCUGACCCAGUGACGGUCCUGCCCAGUAAGUGGAUUUCUCCUCUAGAGCGAAUGGUGGCCUUCCCAUCUGGAGUAGCAGGUAAAACCGAUUACAGCACCUGCCCUGAGAGGGGCUUUAACACCAGCAGGGGUUUAGGCUCAAAUGGCACCCUAUUCCUUAUAUAGUGCACUACCUUUGACCAAAGGACACUCUUCAAAGUAGUGCAUUAUUUACAUUUUAGUCAUUUAGCAGAUGCUCUUAUCCAGAGCGACUUACAGUAGUGAGUGCAUACAUUUUCAUACUAGUCCCCCAUGGGAAUCGAACCCACAACCCUGGCAUUGCAACCGCCAUGCUCUACCAACUGAGCUACACGGGACUAUUAUAUUAUAUAGGGAAUAGGGUGUUAUUUCAGACACACAGGGACUGGCUAGGUGAUUUUGCUCUGAUAUUUCAGGAUAACUGAACUUACUGUACAGUAUAUAGCCUACACUACUGUACAACCGAAUGGCAAACGUACUGCAAAUUGAGAAGUCGUGACUAAACUGAAUAAAAAGAAGAAGAAACUACACUAUGAAACAAAGAGAAAUGACAUGAAGAAUGAUAGUAAAAAGCUUUGGAGCACCUUAAAUGAAAUUUUGGGCAAAAAGGCAAACUCCGCUCCAUCAUUCAUUGAAUCAGAUGGCUCAUUCAUCACAAAACCCACUGAUAUUGCCAACUACUUUAAUUAUUUUUUCAUUGGCAAGAUUAGCAAACUUAGGCAUGACAUGCCAGCAACAAACGCUGACACUACUCAUCUAAGUAUAUCUGACCAAAUUAUGAAAGACAAGCAUUGUCAUUUUGAAUUCCGUAAAGUAAGUGUGGAAAAGGUGAAAAAAGUAUUAUUGUCAAUCAACAAUGACAAGCCACCGGGGUCUGACAACUUGGAUGGAAAAUUACUGAGGAUAAUAGCGGACGAUAUUGCCACUCCUAUUUGCCAUAUCUUCAAUGUAAGCCUACUAGAAAGUGUGUGCCCUCAGGCCUGGAGGGAAGCAAAAGUUAUUCCCCUACCUAAGAAUAGUAAAGCCCCCAAAGCCUAAUGUUUCCACCUCCAUGUUUGACGUGGGGAUGGUGUUCUUGGGGGUCAUAGGCAGAAUUCCUUUUCCUCCAAACACGGCGAGUUGAGUUGAUGCCAAAGAGCUUGAUUUUGGUCUCAUCUGACCACAACACUUUCACCCAGUUCUCCUCUGAAUCAUUCAGAUGUUCAUUGGCAAACUUCAGACGGCCCUGUAUAUGUGCUUUGUUGAGCAGGGGGACCUUGCGGGCGCUGCAGGAUUUCAGUCCUUCACGGCGUAGUGUGUUACCAAUUGUUUUCUUGGUGACUAUGGUCCCAGCUGCCUUGAGAUCAUUGACAAGAUCCUCUGUGUAGUUCUGGGCUGAUUCCUCACCGUUCUCAUGAUCAUUGCAACUCCACGAGGUGAGAUCUUGCAUGGAGCCCCAGGCCGAGGGAGAUUGACAGUUCUUUUGUGUUUCUUCCAUUUGCAAAUAAUCGCACCAACUGUUGUCACCUUCUCACCAAGCUGCUUGGCGAUGGUCUUGUAGCCCAUUCCAGCCUUGUGUAGGUCUACAAUCUUGUCUCUGACAUCCUUGGAGAGCUCUUUGGUCUUGGCCAUGGUGGAGAGUUUGGAAUCUGAUUGAUUGAUUGCUUCUGUGGACAGGUGUCUUUUAUACAGGUAACAAGCUGAGAUUAGGAGCACUCCCUUUAAGAGUGUGCUCCUAAUCUCAGCUCGUUACCUGUAUAAAAGACACCUGGGAGCCAGAAAUCUUUCUGAUUGAGAGGGGGUCAAAUACUUAUUUCCCUCAUUAAAAUGCAAAUCAAUUUCUAACAUUUUUGACAUGUGUUUUUCUGGAUUUUUUUGUUGUGGUUAUUCUGUCUCUCACUGUUCAAAUAAACCUAACAUUAAAAUUAUAGAGUGAUAAUUUCUUUGUCAGUGGACAAACGUAUAAAAUCAGCAGGGGAUCAAAUACUUUUUCCCCUCACUGUAUGUGGUAGUAGAGUAGAGGCCUGAGGGUACACACUUAAUAUGUUGUGAAUUCUGUUAUGAAUGUAUUGUAAUGUUUUUAAAAAUGUAUAACUGCCUUAAUUUUGCUAUACCCCAGGAAGAGUAGCUGCUGCCUUGGCAGCAGCAAAUGGGGAUCCAUAAUAAAUACAAAUACUUUGCACCUGUAGCUUCCUUUAGGUAUGCAGAUACCCCUACUGUUGAUAUAACUGAACAGUAAUGGAUGUAAAUGAGGAUUGUGUUUGUGCUAUUCAACCCAUUCAACUCAAUCCAUUCAACUCAAUGUCUGUUUUGUUUUAAAGCUCAAAGAGAGCAGAUGUUUCCUCAGCUCUGUUUAAAUCAUAAAGUCUGUUUCUCUAAGAACAGUAAUACCUAUGGAUCACUUCUAAAUCCCUGCCGGUGGAUUUGUCAAAUCUUUAUGAUUUAAGUUGUUUAGCUUGAUCUGUGAUUUUGAGAAUCUUGAACAUUUACCUAUUUAAAUGAGGUUAGAUUACAUUGAUCUGGUCUCUGGGACUAUAUCUCUCUGUAUCUAAAUGGUAAUAUAAUGAUUAUUCAUUCACCUGCUCUUGUGCCUGUGUUUCAGGUGGUGUUGGAAUCACAUGCUGGCUCGUUGUUUGUAACAAGGUAGUGGCUAUAAUUCUCCAAGCGGUGGCU